AUGAGUGAGGGUGGCCUCAAACUCAUUGAGCCUUUCCAGUCGAUUUGGAUUCAGUACUUUACGAUGGAUAGCCAACAUAAGGUAGGUCGGCCCUCUUCCAAAACAGAACUCGAUUUUUGCAUUGAAAGAAUAAAUUAUCAACCGGGAAAUCCAUCUACAAUUCGAAAGGAAGUUUCUUUAUGCGACACAAGUGAAGAAAUUUCUCACAAAUUGGCUGCAAUUUUUCGAUUUACUGAAUUCCCAAUUUUAAAUUCGUGUCUGCUUGCACAGAUGUGCAUCUCAGUAUCAAAUAUCAAACUAUCAGGAAAGGCAAUUGUUCCACCCUACAUUGUUCGUAGUUUAAUUGCAUUUUCAUAUAUUUUACCAGAUGCAUUAGAUUGCGAAGUUCAUGGAGCAAAAUAUCCGAUUUUCCAAGAUCAGUGCUGGGAGACAGUUCCAUAUCUGUUCGAAUAUAUAUUUUAUACUUCAAAAGAAAUUCAAAAUGAUAUCAUAACUGUCUUAAAUCCUAUACAAACAGCGUUCAGCAAAUUCAAACAGAUAUACACUUUACCGAAAGACCACAAAAUAUACACCUUUCUACUCAAAAUUCUCGAGGCUUUCGUUCCAAAUUUGUUCGCCGCGGCGUAUGAAGACAAUUGGUUCUAUUUUGAGUUUGUUGUCGAAAUAUUCAACCAAUGGGCAAACUGUAACAACGAAAUUUUGCACUCAGAUCCUUUUGUCGACAUAAUUCGAAUGUUUUUACAAACAUCUGCAUCGUAUAUUCAAAAAUUAUCAAAGAAUAACGCGUUUAAGAUGUUGAUCUUCAUCUCUUGCUUUAUUGGAAGGUUCUGUACCGUUUACGAAACGCCAAUUCCGAUUGAUAUUAAAUUAUGUCUAAAUUGUAUCGAAAUUACAGGCAUAUUAAUACCAAUGAGUGGAAUGACUGACUGCGCCUUUAUUGUUAGGCACGUAUUUUGCUUCCUUCGAUGGGCAAUGAGAUCAAUUUCUUUGGAAAACGAAUUGACAGAGAUAUUUCCAAUUUAUACGAUCGAAGAACCAUUAAUCUCACAAUUACCAGACGUCUACUUCUCUUCUCAUUUACUUUUUACGUCAUUUAUCGUGAAAAAAUUCAAAGAUGAGUCAGCGACAUUAAUUCUACAAAGUUUAACAUCGAUAUUAUCUUUUCUUACAGAUAGAGACCCUGAAUGUCUCGACGGAUUCGAAAAUUUACCUGAAUACGAAGAUUCAACUUAUAUGUCAUCGAUGAUCUUAGUUAUUUCAGCUCUAAUCAACAAUACUCACCUACCUAUGUCGAAUUCUCUCGAAAAUCUUACGAAUAUGAUGCUACAAAGCCCUCAUAACCCUCAUAAAUUCGAAAAAGUUGAAGGAUUGCAGCUAAAAUACCAAAUUUGUGUCUUCAACUUUUGUUUACAUAUGGCAACUCUCAGUUUAAACCACAGAAAAAUGAUUUUGAGGCAAUUAGCGAAAGUUUUAGUUCCUCCCUUUGAUUUUUCAUGUUUAACCUACAUAAUGCCUGUUCUCAGGUCAUUAUCUGUCAUUGACAAAGAGAUUCAGUUCAUAAAUCCCUUCUUAACUUCAGGAGUUAUCGAAAAUAUCUGUCCAUACAUCAAAUUAACGGAAUACUCGCACCAGAUUGAUGAAUUUGUGGCCUUUGUACAACUGAUAGCCAUGAUGAAUCCAGAAAAUGUCCUUUCUUCCAUUGUUAUGUUGCCAAUUCUCACUGAUUUGAUAACUGUUCCUAAGUACGAGGCUUCAUUAGUACCAGUCUUCAGAUGCGGAUUCGAACUAUCAAGGACAAUCCAGUAUUCCAAGGCUGUUCCAAUUAUUAUCUCAUUAUUAAUUCAGACUUCAGCGAUUUUCAUAGGCGCUGUUAAGAAUGAGAGCUUAAAACAUACAGCUACAGCCAUUAUGGACCAGUUUUGUCGUUCAAUUGAAUCACAUCCUUUGUCAUUUCUAAGAAACUUCGAAGAUAACUCAUUUUUCGAACUUUCUUCCAAAUAUAUUAAGAAGGCCAAGGACACAACCGCAAUUUUGACUUAUUUGAAGACAUUAUCUACUUUUUGUAUCAAAUAUCCUCAAUAUAUCGAGACAUUGAAUGCACGGAUGACAUCUAUAUACCUAAAUAUCACAAAAGCAUGCAAAAGAGUUCAGUUAACAAAAGAAAUUUUAAAUUCAAUUUUAACAUUAGCGCUAAACUCAGUUUGUUCGCUAGAAAACUGCACAGAUCUCACAAUACAAAACAGAGAAGCGAUCAAAUGUUUGCUAAAUGUAGUCAAAGAUACAGAUUUCGAAAUGGAUAUCAUAAUUACAGUGACAGAACUAUGUAAAAGCUCAUCAUCGAACAGCUUCGAGUGUUUCCACGCAGAUGUAGUGAAGUAUGCGCUAGAGAAAUGCAACAACGAACGAGUUUUACCGUUGGCAAUUAACUUAUAUACGGCAAUCUCAUCAGUUUUCUAUUCACAAGUGAUCCUGAACGAAACAUUCAGAUCUCUGUAUAUAGGAAAUGACACAAGAACGUGUAAACAAACGAUGAUAUUAAAUUCAUUGAUAAAUAUGAUAGUAGAAGGCGCAAAUUCACCUGUUUCGUCAUUCUUCCAUCUCAACGGUGUCACAGAUUGUAUUAUUGGCCCAACAUUACCUUGUAAUUUCUUUAAUUCUCCAUGGAGUUUCGCAACAACGAUUCGCAUGGAUAAAUCUACGACGAGUAAUGCUCCUUUAUUGACAUUGAUUGAUAAUUCGUGGAUAUUUUCCUUAUCUUUCUCUGAAAAAUCCGAAAUGAAACUUUCAUUUGUCAAAAACGGAGUUGUUAAAGCGAGCAAAUGCUUCAAAUACAACUUCAGGAAGCAGCAGUGGUAUUACAUCAUCAUUACUUACAAUGAAGGUAAUUUUACCCUUUAUAUCAACAAAACUCGGCUUCAAACCAUCCAAACAAUGAAGCUAAACUUCGAUAGUUCCGUUCUCCUCCAGAUCGGCUGCAACAAAAAGUUCCAUUUGGCCAUAGAUAUCGGUCCAACAUAUUUCUUCUCAUUGGACGAUGUAAACUUAGUUUACAAAGAGUUUACAAAAUCUCACAAUUCCUAUGGUCAGCUCCGAAACUGUUUUGUUUCAUUACAUCCAUGUUUAGCUCAACAAGGGAAAAUUUCCAACGCUUCUCCAUAUUUCGAUUCGAAUCCUUUGAUUUUCGGAACUGUUGUUCCAUAUGUAACAACAAUUCUCGAUGUCAUCGAAAUGGACGGGAUUUUCCUUGGUUUCAUGCCAUUGUUCGAAGUCGUCAACAGGCAUUUCAUCCAACAAAACGAUGAAGAAGACAAUCUUUUGGCCACUUUACUCAUUUUACUUCGUGUUUUGUUGGUCGUUUCUCCUGAAAUUCAAAAUAAUUUUGAAUCAAUUGGCGGUUUUCGGUUAUUGAGCGGUUUUUUGAGUAAGAUUGAACCAGAAUAUUUUACAACACAAGUUGCAAGUCAACUAGUUGAAUUAUUCCAGAAUUUACCUGAUGAUUCGACCAGAAGACAAAUGGUUGAAUUUAUUUGGCUGAAUUUCAAUUUGUGGAGUGAGAAAUCAUAUGAAUUCCAAGAUUUCUUUUUCAACAACUGUUUGAGUGUUGUUUAUAAAUCAGACAUGAUGGGAUCCUUUGAUUUUGAUUCAUAUGAUUUUCUUCUGUUUCAAUGCCAAACUCCACUUUUGAUUUCAGAUACAAAUAAUACAACGAAUAUAAAGAAACAGAGUAGUUUCAACAAUUUCACGGAUUCUUUCAUUGACAACUAUUUCAAUUCAUUUCCAAGUAAUCCAAACUUGAUUUCAGAACAAAGAAACAAAAUCAAACAGUUCCAAUGGAAUUUUUACUUGGAAAUGUUCAAAAAGAAUCCUGUUCAAUCAUCUUUCUUGAUUAUCUACAUGAUCAUCGCGUUCCACAAAGUGAAUUUCAUACAAAUGCAAGCUUUCUAUUUACUUGAGAAAUUCAUUGGAGAAAGAAACAAAGAAGCUUUGGAUUCUUUGAGUAUUUUGAAUUAUUACGAUGCUUUUAUUCCUUUGUUCGCUUCAGAGAAUUAUGAAAUACAACUACAUUCAUUGUUAGUUAUUUAUAUGAUUGCUAAUUACCAAAGAAACAAUUUGAUAAAGACAGAAAUGACAUUGGAAUACGCAAUUCACAAAGCAAUCGGUGUUUGGAAUCACGAAAAAAGUUCUAUAAAAGAAUUUUGCGAAAUGUUGAUCUUUUACGCAAAUGACGCAAGAGAUAUCCAAAAUCAACUUAAAAUUGUCUUCCCUGAAUUCAUUACUUUUCUAUUGUAUGUGGUUAAUUUACAAAAACCGUCGACGAUACCGGAAAUUAUGAAUAACACUGAAAAAAUUUUGUUGAGCGGUUUUGACAUCAACGAUACAUUAUUUUUCUAUGAAUUAUUUUUUUAUUUGAAUCAUUGCUAUGAAAUGACAGAAGAAAACAAUUCAUUGUUCUCUAAAUUAAUUGCUAAUUCAUGUAAUAAUAUAUUCAAACUGAGAAAGAUGUCAACAAUGAUUGUUUCUACUGUCAUUGCAACGAAAAUCAAUUUUAUCAAGUUGUUUGUCAAAGCUGUUGAAUGUUUCGCAAAAGAAAUUUUGUAUUUUAAACCUGAUGAUGAAAACUUGUCUUUAAUAACAAGACAACUUUGUUCUGCGUAUUUCUUUAUGCCUCAUUUCAUUUCGGAUCUAACAAAACAAAGAAAUUUAACAGAAGAUGAAGUGACCAAAUUAAAAGCGGUUUUUACAAAUAAAAACGAUGAUAUUUUCAUCAACCAGGAUUUCUUCUUCGAUUACCAGCCAGAAAUUGAAGCUCCCUUCAAAAGUGAACUCGGAAAACACGUUACAAAUAUUGCUUUCUCAAUUAUAUCGUCAAAAACGUUAAGUGAAGUGAAUAUGACUUCACUUUUCACUUUACCAAGUUUAGAGUUCUUGGCAUUAGUUCUUGCACAAUAUAUAGUUAUGACUGAUGAUAAUUUGGAUGUUAAAGAAAAAUUGACAGCUUUUUGUCAAAUUUUUGAGUCGAAAAAAUCUGAAACAAAAAGUGACAUUUUAGACAUGUCGAUUUCCUUGUUGUAUAAUGCAUUGAAAAUGAAAGGAAACAAAGAAAUGAUGGACAAAUUAUCAGGAUUUUACAAAAUCCCAGAAAAUUACGAGAAAAAUUUCAAUGACAUGAAAGAAACAAUAAGUGAACAAGCCACACAAUUAAUGAUUGAUUACAAACCAACGUUUGUUGUUACGAGAAAGAAUAUUUCUUCUGUUUUGGAUGAUAUCGGAUUUACUCCUGAGAAAAUGACGAAACUAAUGAAUCACGAUGGAUUUAAUUCAUAUAUAAACGCACAUCAAAAGAAGAGAUUAUUAGUUGAACAUCAUUCCCUCAAAUUAGUUUCGAGUUUCGUCAAUGAAUCGACAUCAAAUGGAGGUCCUCUUUCCAGCGGAUUCAAGGAAGUCCAUUGGAGAUUCCUGCCAAUGCUAGAUCAGAAAGGAAGAAUACUUUUCUUGGCUCCAAACAGAAAUUUCGAUAAUCAUAUCUCUGCUUCUCAAUUGAGAGAUUUACAAAUAAUUGAAACAAAAAGUGACACUUCUGAAGAAAUUCCAUUGAAACGAAUUUUAUCGGAGAAUUUCUCAUUUACGGAAGUUACAAGGAUAGAGAUGAACAUGCAGAAAGCUAAGUAUUCUUACAUUGCAACACUUCUUAAAACAGUGAAUAGAUUUGAAGGAAAAGUUUUCUUGAAUAAUUCGAAUUUAGUUUACGACGGAAUUAUUAAAAUGGAUAUUUUCGGAGAGCAGAAUUUGAGUGGGAGACACAAGUACAUUGAGAUACAGUACACUGACAUAGAAUUCGUGUUUUUGAGGAAACACAUGCAUGUUAACAAUGCUUGCGAAAUUUACACGAGUAAGAAUCGUUCUUAUUUCCUUAUUUUCGCAAGUGAAAACAGAAGAAACUCAUUCAUGAAUUCCCUGCAAAAAUGCUAUGAUAAAUAUCUCAAGAAACAGUCUAAAAAGAUUCCAAUUCACAAAGUCAAAUCUUCUACAUUUUCUUUCAAUUUCUUCCAAACUUUGAGAAAUAUUUCAAACGGAAUUUGUCAAAAUUUGACACCUCCUGAGAUGAUCAUUCGUUCCAGGCUUGUAGAAGAAUGGCAGGAAAGACGUAUAAGCAAUUACACAUACCUCGCAAGACUCAACAUUUUGAGCGGACGUUCUUUGAAUGAUAUUUCUCAAUACCCUGUUUUUCCAUGGGUUUUGAAUUGUUAUAACAAAAAAGUGACACAAAUUGACCUCACCGACCAAUCAAUUUACAGAGACUUUUCUGUACCAAUUGGUGCAAUGAAUGAUGAACGUCUUGACAAGUUGUUAGAUUUGUACAAAGAUUUAGACGAUAAAUAUCAAAAAUGUUUAUUUAGAAGUCACUUUUCAAAUCCAGCGAGUGUCAUUGGAUACUUGAUAAGAGAAGAACCAUUUAGUAGUUUGCAUAUUAAACUACAAGGUGGAAAGUACGACCACCCUGACAGAUUGUUCCAUUCGAUUGGAUCUGCGUGGAGUUCUGUCACCGGACAAUUAAAUGAUUUCAGAGAAUUAACUCCUGAAUUCUUUUGUUCACAUCAUUUUCUUUUGAACGAAAACCAGUUCGAUCUCGGAAAAUUAAUGGAUGGAAAGAUCGUGAGCGAUGUAACUCUUCCUGACUGGUCUAAAACAGCUUGGGAAUUCAUAGAAUUGCAUGCAAAAGCUUUGGAAUCUGAAUAUGUUUCAAAUCACUUAAAUGAAUGGAUUGAUUUGAGUUUUGGUGUUUAUAGGAAUUCCUUGGAACACAAGAAUGUUUUCCAUCCAUUCAGUUAUCCUGAAAUUGUUCAGACAAUUACUGAUGAAAUGACCUUGAAUUUGGCAAGAAAUCAUUGCGCGAAUUUCGGAGUUUGUCCUGAUAUUUUAUUCAGCCAGCCACAUCCAAGAAGAAACCACGAAAUUAUUCCUCCGCCUGUUCAUCUUUCAGAUUUGAGUGUAGAGAAGAUUGAGUGUAUUUCGCAUGGCCACAUAAUGACGAACAACCAAAUAAUUCAUGUUGCUUCAGGAACAUUUUGUAACUUCACAAAUCAAAGCAACAAAAUUAUUUUUGCUGACAUUUUGCCGAAGAACAAUUUCCUCAUUUUAAUUGCACAAGGAACUUCUUAUGUCACUUGUUUGUUUUAUGGCAAUGAACAGCAGAAAUCAGUGACAUUGGCACAUAGAGGAAGUGUCAUAAAUUGUGCAACAAACAUUGAUGAUGAGUUUUUAGUUACAGGAGGAGCUGAUUGUACUUUAAGUGUUUUCUCAUUGGAUAGAUUGACAAUGCUAGGUUCGAUUCCUGCUCAUGAAUUCCCUGUUGUUUCUGUGUCUGGUUCUGUUCCGAUUGGAUUAAUUAUAAGUGUUGAUUCAGGACACAAUUUAUUUGUUUCUCAUUUAAUUACACUUAAAUUUAUCCACGCGUUUAAGAUUGAUUGCAACCAGAAUUCAGAACACAAAGUCUGUUUGUUGGAGCCAGGUUUGAUCGCUGUUUCUUGCUCUGAUUCGAAUUUGUCGACAAAGAUUUUGUUCUACGAUUUGACAGGAAGGAAAUUGGGUCAAGUUCAAGAGGCAGCAAGAGUUGUAAAAAUCUUUGAGAUUUUAACAAACGAAGGAUGCUAUCUUGGAGUGACGACAACAACGAAACACCUAUCUAUAAUUGACUGCUGCUCUUUGGAGACAGUCAAAACAUUUGACGACAUAAUUAUACCUGAUCUAGUUCAGUCAGUUGGAAAAGGAAGAAAAGCUGUCGUUUGCGUGAGAAACAACAACAAACUCGCAGUUUUAACUUUUUAA